AUGGUCGCCUCCCAGCGGGGUGACGGGGGCGCCUCUCACCCCCGGACCAUGGACAGUUCUCCCUGCUCACACUGUCACUAUAUCCGCCAACCCUCACCGCCCCUCAGCCCUCACCGCCCCUCAGCCCUCACCACCCCUCAGCCCUCACCGCCCCUCAGCCCUCACCGCCCUCAGCCCUCACCGCCCCUCAGCCUCACCGCCCUCAGCCCUCACUGCCCCUCAGCCCUCACCGCCCCUCAGCCCUCACAGCCCCUCAGCCCCCACCGCCCCUCAGCCCUCACCACCCUCAGCCCUCACCACCCUCAGCCCUCACCCCCUCAGCCUCACCGUCCUCAGCCUCACCACCUCAGCCCUCACCACCCCUCAGCCCCCACCGCCCCUCAGCCCCCACCGCCCCUCAGCCCUCACCGCCCCUCAGUCCUCACUGCCCCUCAGCCCCCACUGCCUCAGCCUCACCACCCCUGCAGCCCUCACCGCCCCUCAGCCCUCACCGCCCUCAGCCCUCACCGCCCCUCAGCCCUCACCGCCCCCAGCCCUCACUGCCCCUCAGCCCCCACCGCCCUUCAGCCCUCACCGCCCUCAGCCUCACUGCCCCUCAGCCCUCACCGCCCCUCAGCCCUCACCGCCCCAGCCCUCACCACCCCUCAGCCCCCCACCACCCUCAGCCCUCACCGCCCCUCAGCCCUCACCGCCCCUCAGCCCUCACCGCCCCUCAGCCCUCACCGCCCCUCGGCCCCCACCAUCCCUCAGCUCACCGCCUCAGCCCUCACCGCCCUCGGCCCCCACCAUCCCUCAGCCCUCACCGCCCUCAGCCCCCACCGCCCUCAGCCCCCACUGCCCCUCAGCCUCACCGCCCCUCAGCCUCACCGCCCCUCAGCCCUCACCGCCCCUCAGCCCCUCACCGCCCCUCAGCCCUCACUGCCCUCAGCCCCCACCGCCCUCAGCCCCACCGCCCUCAGCCCUCACCGCCCUCGGCCCCACCAUCCUCAGCCCUCACUGCCCUCAGCCCUCACCGCCCUCGGCCCCACCAUCCCUCAGCCUCACCGCCCUCAGCCCUCACUGCCCCUCAGCCCCCACCGCCCUCAGCCCCACCGCCCUCAGCCCCCACUGCCCUCAGCCCCUCACCGCCCCUCAGCCCUCACUGCCCUCAGCCUCACCGCCCUCAGCCUCACUGCCCCAGCCCUCACUGCCCUCAGCUCCUCACCCUCCUCCUCCUCCUCCUCCUCCUCCGUCAUCUCAUCUCUAAGGUCAUCUCUCAUCUCUAAGGCCUUCUCUAGCUCUAGGGUCAUCUCUAUCUCUAAGGUCAUCUCUAUCUCUAAGCCUCGUCUUCCUCCCCCCCGCCUUCCUCCCUCGCCUUCCUCCCCCGCCUUCCUCCCCCUUCGUCUACCGCCCAUCACGUCUACAUCAACGGCUAGCAUCAACGUCUACAUCAACGGCUAUCAACGUCUAGAAACGGUUACAUUAACGUCUACAUCAACGUCUACAUCAACGGCUACAUCAACGUCUACAUCAACGGCUACAUCAACGUCUACAUCAACGGUUACAUCAACGGUUACGUCAACGUCUUCAUCAACGUCUACAUCAACGGCUACAUCAACGUCUACAUCAACGGCUACAUCAACGUCUACAUCAACGGCUAGCAUCAACGUCUGCAUCAACGUCUACAUCAACGGCUACAUCAACGUCUACAUCAACGGUUACGUCAACGUCUACAUCAACGUCUACAUCAACGGCUGCAUCAACGUCUACAUCAACGUCUACAUCAACGGCUACAUCAACGUCUACAUCAACGGCGUCAACGUCACAUCAACGUCUACAUCAACGGCUACAUCAACGUCUCAUAAACGUCUACAUCAACGUCUCAUCAACGGUUACGUCAACGUCUACAUCAACGUCUACAUCAACGGCGCAUCAACGUCUACAUCAACGUCUACAUCAGCGGUUACGUCAACGUCUCAUCAACGUCUACAUCAGCGGCGACCAACGUCUACAUCAACGGCUACAUCGCCUACAUCAAAGGCUAGCAUCAACGUCUACAUCAACGUCUACAUCAACGUCUACAUCAACGGCUACACCAACGGCUACAUCAACGUCUACAUCAACGGCUACAUCAACGUCUACAUCAACGUCUACAUCAACGUCUACCUCAACGGCUACAUCAACGUCUACAUCAACGGCUACAUCAACGUCUACAUCAACGUCUACAUCAACGUCCACAUCAACGGCUACAUCAACGUCUACAUCAACGUCUACAUCAAGGCUACAUCAACGUCUACAUCAACGUCUACAUCAAGGCUACAUCAACGUCUACAUCAACGUCUACAUCAACGUCCACAUCAACGUCCACAUCAACGGCUACAUCACCGUCUGCAAUAA